GCAAUCUUCCUUCAAUGAUGGCAUUUGAUCCACAUCUUGUUUAGGCCCGUCCAUCCUCCGCCUAUCUAAUACCUAAUAAAGCCGAGGGCCGCCGCCUGCUAGGAAGGGCCUCGACCCGGGUCAACAACACGACACUUCUCGUCCAUCUGUGUCGACGUAGGCAACCCCGAUUAACGACACGCCCGCUCAGGCUAGACAGGUCUCGCUACAGCUGCAACGGCCGUGCGCCACCUCGCGCCAGCUCACACGACAUCAUCGGUUGAUGACCAAUCUCGAGCUCAACCCGUGCCAGACCCCAAGAUCAACGGCAUUCAUCUCCCGCUGGACGGCCUUUUGAAUCCGCACCAAGAAUAAGAUGUCUGACGACCAGAUUUCGCUGCCCUACUUCGCCGCGAUUCUCAUUAUCCUGGGUUUCAUCGUGCGCUACCUGUUCUUCAAUGGAGGAGGAGCUUCGCCAGCGCAAUCACCGCGAUCGCCCGAGGCGCUCCUGCGAGCUCGGGAAACUGCUGUAGAGAGAAUACAGCAGAUGUUCCCACAGACGGACCGACGGACGAUCUUGUGGGAUCUGCACAGGAAUGGAAUGAACAUACAGAACACGACGGAGAGGAUUUUGGCAGGUCGUCUCGAAACACCUCCCAUUACUUUCCAACCCCCUGCACCGCCGCCACCGAGCACCACGAGCGCGAGCUCGUCGGCCGCCCUGCGCAAAGUCGAGAAGCCGUCGCAGCCUGACCUGAUCACGCGCUACAACCUUACCAACCGUAUCACCAGCCCGACUGCGACCGAUGAAACGGUCAACAUAGAUCACAAGACCAAGGCCUGGAGUUCGAACCGAGACGAGAGGCAGGCAUCUUUGCAAAAAAGAAGGGAGGAUAUGAUCCUUGCCGCAAGGAGGAAGAUGGAGGCAAAACUCGCGAAAGGGAAAAGCACCUGAAGGGAUGGACAUGCUUGUUCUGAGUGUCACGGCCAUUUGCCAGAAUUGUGUGUGAUGAACACAUGGCAAUGAACAUUGUUAUCAGAUCCA